GAGUUUAGACAGUGCGGAGAGCCUGUAGUCGGUCUCUGCGAGCGCACCACCAAUGACCAGCUAAAAAACGCCCCACUGCUCCGACUCAGAUCCGCGGGGGUGGGGAGUCCUCAAGUUUGAGUUCGGAUUUUUUUUUUUCCCCCGGAAAACCAUGGGAUUCGAGCUGGACCGCUUCAAGGGGACCGUGGACCCGGAUUUCAAGUGCAACUUGUGCAAUAAAGUCCUGGAGGACCCGCUGACGACUCCGUGCGGUCACGUCUUCUGCUCGGGCUGCGUGCUGCCCUGGGUCGUCCAGCAGAGCAGCUGCCCCGUCAAAUGCCAGCGGAUCUCCACCAAGGAGCUGAACCACGUCCUGCCUCUGAAAAACCUCAUCCUGAAGCUGGAGAUCAAAUGUGACAACCACGCGAGGGGCUGCGAUGCGGUGGUGAAGCUGCAGCAUCUGGCCGAGCACGCCGAGAUGUGCGACUACUCCCCGGCCAAGUGCAGGAAUAAAGGAUGCAGCGAGGAGCUCAACCUGCGGGACGUGGAUGCUCACAUGCGGGAGACGUGCGACUACAGACCGGUGGGGAUUUGCGAGAGCGGCUGCGGGCUGAUGCUCACCCAGAGAGAGCAGAGACUGAACAGCCACUGCUGCCUGAGAGCCCUGAAGGCGCACAACAGCGCGCUGCACUGCAAGAUCAUCAUCCUGGAUAGAGAGUUCAAGAAGCAGACUAUUAAAGCCAACAAGAGGGAGAAGUCACUCCUGGCGCAACUUUCCGCCGUGCACAGCGAGCUGCAGAUGACAGCGCUGAAAUAUCAGAAGAAAUUCACCGAGUACAGCGAGAGGAUCGACUCCCUCACCAAGACUGUGGCUUUCUCGUGCAAGGAAGGCGAGACUAAAAGCGUGACGGUUGUCCUUCUUCGUGAGGGUGGAUCUCUGGGUUUUAACAUCAUAGGAGGAAGGCCAUGCGCGGAUGACAAUGACAGCACUUCAAAUGAAGGGAUCUUUGUGUCUAAGAUCGUCGAGAAAGGUCCAGCAGACAAGGAGGAAGGCCUUCAAAUCCACGACAGAAUAAUAGAGUGGCCCCCUUCUGUCACGCUGAAGGAAACCACCACAGGCAAAGAUGAUGUCUUGGUACCGGCACAAACUAAGGAGGCUAAGGUCAAUGGCAAGGACCUCUCCAAGGCCACCCACGACCAGGCGGUGGAGGCAUUCCGCACUGCCAAGGAGCCCAUCAUGGUCCAGGUUCUGCGCCGGGCCCCUUACCCCAAACUGGUCGGCCCUACCGCUGACGCCCAGGUCUCAGACAUCAGCACCCAGACUGACAUCACCCUCCAGCACAUCAUGGCCCUUACCAAGCUGCCUCCCUCCUCGCCCCCCAUGACGGAGCUGGAGGAGUAUCUGCUUCCAGAGGAGCACGCUCCUGGGCAUGCGUACUUCGACCCCAAUGAUUUCCUGGAGGGCAUACAACAGGACAUUGAGCGUGAGGAGCUGGAAUAUGAGGAGGUGGAUUUGUACCGAGCCAACAUCCAAGACAAGCUGGGCCUGACGAUCUGUUACAGGACAGAUGAUGAGGAUGAGGCUGGGAUCUACAUUAGUGAGAUUGAUCCAAACAGCAUUGCUGCAAAGGAUGGCAGAAUUAGAGAAGGUGACAAAAUCAUACAGAUCAAUGGGGUUGAGAUCCAAAAUCGAGAGGACGCCGUAGCACUGCUGACCAGCGAGAGCAACCAGAAUAUCUCUCUGUUGGUGGCCAGACCAGAGAUCCAGCUGGACGAGGGCUGGAUGGAUGAUGACAGGAACGACUUCCUGGAUGACCUCCACAUGGAUAUGCUGGAGCAGCAGCACCAUCAGGCCAUGCAGUUCACUGCCAGCAUGCUGCAGCAGAAGAAGCAUGAGGAGGAUGGAGGCACCACAGACACAGCCACGCUGCUCUCCAACCACCAUGAGAAGGACAGCGGUGUCGGACGAACAGAUGAGAGCACACGAAACGACGAGAGCUCGGAGCAGGAGAACCUCUGUGACGACCAGACCACGGCCUCCAACACGCUGGGCAGCUGCAGAAAGCUGACGUACAGUCAGGACACCCUCGGCAGCACCGACCUGCCCUUCAGCAGCGAGUCGUUCAUGUCCACAGACUACGCCGACACCGACUUCCUGGGCAUCCCGGCCGACGAGUGCGAGCGCUUCAGAGAACUGCUGGAGCUGAAGUGUCAGAUGAGGAGCAGUGGAGCUCAGGGCCUGUGCUGCCAGGUCGGUGGGGCAGGAGGUCAGGACCAGGAGGGUGUGGACAAGGAGCUGGAACUGCUUAACGAGGAGUUGCGCACUAUUGAGCUGGAGUGCCUGAAUAUCGUCCGUGCUCACAAGAUGCAGCAGCUGAGGGAGCAGUGCCGUGAGUCCUGGAUGCUCCACAACAGUGGAUUCCGCAACUACAACACUAGCAUAGAUGCUCGCCGCCAUGAGCUGUCAGACAUCACAGAGCUGCCUGAGAAAUCUGACAAGGACAGCUCCAGUGCGUACAACACUGGAGAGAGCUGCCGCAGCACCCCUCUCACUCUGGAACUGUCUCCAGAUAACUCACUCCGCCGAGGCGCAGAGAACCAGGGUCCAGCUGGAACAUCUGGUUCCACCAGCUCCAACGGCCGGAUGCUGAAGCCUCUUCUGUCCCCUGUCCAGGAGGCUGGUGGCCCCAGCCGGGGCAGAGGCUCCUCCAAGGACCCAGAUGGAGCACUACAGGCAGAGAGCAAGGACAGGAAGCUGGGAGAGUCCAGUAAGAAUGGGCGUAGCUUUCCCCAUUCACCUUACAAGCAUGCUCACAUCCCUGCCCACGCCCAGCACUACCAGAGCUACAUGCAGCUGAUCCAGCAGAAGUCAGCUGUUGAGUACGCCCAGAGUCAGAUGAGUUUGGUCAGCAUGUGCCGGGACCCCAUUAGCCCCAGUGACCUGGAGCCCAAGAUGGAGUGGAAGGUGAAGAUCCGCAGCGACGGCACACGUUACAUCACAAAGCGGCCUGUCCGGGACAAGCUGCUGAGAGAACGUGCCCUUCGAAUCCACGAGGAGCGCAGCGGCAUGACCACAGACGACGACGCCAUAAGUGAGCUGAAGAUGGGCCGCUAUUGGAGCAAGGAAGAGAGGAAGCAGCAUGCAGUUCGCGCCAAGGAGCAGAGGCAGCGCCGUGAGUUCAUGAAACAGAGCCGAGCCGAUUGUCUGAAAGAUCUCUCCGGCGCGGAGGACAAAAAGGAGCCCAACAUCAUCGAACUCAGCCACAAAAAGAUGAUGAAAAAGAGGAAUAAGAAAAUAUUUGACAACUGGAUGACCAUCCAGGAACUGCUGACCCACGGUACCAAGUCACCAGAUGGCACAAGAGUUUACAACUCACUCCUGUCUGUGACCACAGUUUAAGUCCUGCUCUGAGUUCAGGUGGCAGGUCAGUGAGUGGACAGACUGUAUUGGACUGUACAUAGGACGCUACCAGCUGGGGUAGAGAUUCCUGCCUCGUUCAAUGUGGCAACAUUGUGUAAAUAGGAAAUAAGCAAAGUCUUUUCUGGACGAACAUUUAAAUGAUGGCUGGACGUGACAUGAAUCGGACAUGGCUACUGUAGGAGGAUGAUUUUGAAAACAUUUUACAAUAACCUUUUCUACUAUUGUGCUUGCUCUUUUGGAUAUUUUUGGAAACAAAAACACAAUAUUUGACUUUUUUGAAGGUUUUGAAAGUGUGUAAAGACUGAGUGCCAUACAUAAACAACCAGCAUUUACACUAUUUUACUUUAUUUUGUUCGUACUAUAUAUAUAUCUUAUCAGUAUUUUACUGUUACAUAUACUUAAUGCUUUUAUGGAAACAAUGCUAUUUUCCUGCAAGGUAGAACACGUAAUCCUUUUCAAAAGGACUUUUGUAAAUUAAGAAAAUACAAUUUUUGUAUCAAAUUCACUUUUUUAGUUUUAAUUUCUCUCGAAAGGUGCUGAUUUCCCAAAGUUAAACACUACCAGCGAUGUACCAUCUGUUACAUAAUGUAGAGAUCAUCAUAACAUGAUAUCAUUGUGUGUGUUCGUAUAUUUAGAGAAAGAUGCUUCUCACAUUGUUGAAAUUGAAAUGUUUGUGUUUGUUCAAGCACAAAUUGUAAUCGCUUUUGUAGGGUUUCAUGUAUUGAACAGAAUAACAGCGUAACAAAUCCUUAGUUAGCCACACAAUUUGAUGUCCUGUAAAAUGAGAGAAAUAAUAAAUUAUUGUUUUAUAUAUGA